AUGGCCGAACCACCUGCAAAACGUGCCCGUCGCACGGAUAGCGCAGCUAUGUGGGAUACAAAUGAGAAGCGGUCGCGCCCGUCUUACUCGCCGGAGCCAGAAUCAGAUCAAGCGCGCCACUCGCGGCCGGAAGACACUCGCAAAAGUGCCAGGGACGACCGCCGCUACCGCUCCCGUUCGCGUGAUAGAUACGCCCGCAAAAGAGAUCGAAGUGUAUCUCGCGACAGGUUUGAGCGGCCCGGCGAUCAUGACCGUGAUGGUUAUCGAGACUCGAAGAGGGAUGGACGGGGCAUGAGAGACCGCGAUCGGAGCUCUAGCAGAGAUCGGUACUAUAAUAGACGCGGAUAUAGCUUGAAACCAGGAAAGCCAGACCGAUCAAGGUCGCCACGCAACGGCACCCGUUCUCGUCGUGACUCAGAUGCCGACUCCAGGGACGAAAGGAGAGACGCCCGGUCGCGCAUUGAUCACCGUCGUACGAACGGGGCACCAAGACGUGGCGCCCCUACAGACGAAGAGGACGCGCAUCAUGCUGAUAUGAUGAGCGAUAUCGAAGACUCGGACGACAUUGAGGCUAUGAUGAAGAGAUCCAUGGGCUUCUCGCGAUUUAGAAGCACCAAGAACACAAAAGUCCCCGGAAACGACAUCUACGGUGUGCGGAAGGAGAAGAAGACCGAAUACCGCCAAUACAUGAAUCGUGUCGGUGGAUUCAACAGGCCUCUCAGUCCCGGCAGAGGAUAA